UAUAUAUAAAUACCAAACUCAGAACCCUAGCCAUCGUCUAAGCUUCCCUAUUCUCGGCCGCUCCAAGCCGCCCACCCGACUGAGACUCCUGAGGACGUAGGAACAGAGGAAAAAACGGGGAAAACAUAGUAAAGAUCAACGAAGACAAAGGAAAGGCGGAAAAGGUCGGAGAAAUUUUUGAUAGAUUCUGGUAUAUUAGGGUUCAUCAAGUUGAGGUUUUAGUUGAUCAAUUGAAGAGCAAUUGAUAGGCAACAGUUAGCGGCAGGAAAAAUAAUUUGCAAUCAUGUCUGUGACGGCGGGUAUCAGUGAUGCGGCGAUUGCCGUCCGUGAUAAGCUCAGAGGCAAGAUUGGUCAGACCAAGGUAAAGAGGUACUGGCCUGGAAAGCCCCCAGAAUGGGCCGAUGAAGCUGACGAGGAUGCCGAUAUCCGGACCGCGAGGUUGGCUGCCCUUGAGAAGGCCUUUCCGACUCGCGAUGAUUCUGAUGUUGCCCAGAAAGACGACCGAAGGCUGCGUCGUCUGGCGGAGAACAGGGUAGAGAACAAGGAAGAAGUGAGGGCUGAUCAUAGGCGGAUCCGGCAAGCAGAGAUAGUAUCCACCAUUGAAGAGGAGAAGGACCGGCAGGAGGAGUUAGAGGAGGAGGAUGACGAGGCAUUCGAGGAGAGGAGAAGGAGACUAAGAGAGAAGCUACUUCAGAGGGAGCAGGAAGAGGCCGCCCUUCCCCCAGAAGAAGAGGAGGAAGAAGCUGAAGAGGAGGAGGAGGAGGAAUCGGAGUAUGAAACAGACUCAGAGGAGGAGCAAAUGGGUAUUGCCAUGGUGAAACCUGUCUUUAUUCCGAAAUCGCAGCGGGAUACCAUUGCAGAGAGGGAGAGGCUUGAAGAGGAGGAGAGACGUCUUGAAGAGCUGGAGAAGAGGAAAUUACAGGAAAGAAAGGUUGAGACAAAGCAGAUUGUGGUGGAGGAGAUAAGGAAGGAUGAAGAAAUUCAGAAGAAUUUGGAGGCAGAGGCAAACAUUGCUGAUGUUGACACGGAUGAUGAGGUAAAUGAGGCUGAGGAGUAUGAGGCAUGGAAGGCUAGAGAGAUCGCAAGGAUUAAGAGGGACAGGGAGGACAGAGAGGCAAGAUUGAAGGAGAAGGAGGAUAUUGAGAAGGUGAGGAACAUGACGGAGGAGGAGCGGCGGGAAUGGGAGAGGAGGAAUCCGAAACCACUCCCCCAACCCAAGCAGAAGUGGAAGUUUAUGCAGAAGUACUACCAUAAGGGUGCCUUCUUCCAGUCGGAUGCUGAUGAACGUGCAGCUACUGCAGGUACAGAUAAUAUCUACGAACGUGAUUUCUCGGCACCAACAGGAGAAGAUAAGAUGGACAAGACCAUACUGCCCAAGGUCAUGCAAGUCAAGCACUUUGGACGCAGUGGAAGGACCAAAUGGACUCAUCUUGUUAGUGAGGAUACAACUGAUUGGAACACUCCGUGGGCCACUAAUGGUCCUCUUCGAGCGAAGUACAAUGCUAAAAUGGCAGGCAUGAAUGCGUCUAUUGCAAAACCUAAAGGAAGCAAGAAGUUGAAGGACUGGGAUAACAAAUAGUUUGGUCCCAUAUUUUUCUUUUUGCAUCUACUCCAUCUGUUGAACUAAAAUUGCACUUCCCGCCUCAUUUCAAUUAUGUUCCAGAAGAUUUAUGCUAUGGUGGUGUUUUGAUGUGUAGAAAACUCAUCAAGCAUGUGGUUGAUGUUGUUAAUAGUUAAUAUUAGCCACAGCAUAUGUGAUUUGUAGUAUGUGCUCCAACGUUUUUCGGAUUGUGAUAACCCAUCGAGUGAACAAUAUGCAUCUGUGGAUUCAAUAAUGACUAUUGACAUAGUAAAAUACUAGAGAUCUUCCUGAAGUGGGGUUGGCUGGCAGUUUUGUGGUUUCAUCUUGGGAGAGGAAGAAUUAAGGGCCAAAAGAUCUCUUGUUAUCCUUUGUGAUCUUCAUAGACGAAGAGUGUGGUUUGAUGAUCAGACAGCCAAUGCCAUUUGCAAUGCAUGUUUUCACACAUCUUCAAGGAUUAUGAUAGCUGCUCUUGCAUUCCUUCUUGGUUAUGAACGGGUUGAAGAAGAGGAUGAUAGUGAAGCCUCCAGCAGUGAUGAUGAAACCAGUCAACAGCCACAAAUUGUUAUAAGCAAGGAGGCUGUUUACAAGGCACAUCAUAAAGGUACUACCGCUAGCAAGAAAAAGAAGAAAGCUAACUUGCAGCGUGUUAUUCGCAGCAUGAAAAGGCAACGGCGUAUAGCAUCAGAAAAUAACAAAUCCAGUUACUAUUCUCCGCUUACCUAUCUAAAAGAUGCACAGGGUUUUGCUGAAAAGUUGUUCUCUCGUCUUCAGAAGUGCAACGAGCAAUUCGAGUUGCUUUCCAUUGGUUGCUACUCAGUUUUCUUCAUUAUGAUCCAUCAGAAAUCAUGAGAUAGUUGUACAAUUUAUUUAUUCAGUGUUUUUCAGCUAGUGCUCUUUAUUAAUGUGUUGUAUUAAAUUGUAUCGUUAAACAAAAAAGAGAAAAUUG